GAUUGUUAAAAAUCAUCCAAUAUAAAUCUGCCUUUGAAUAGUAGUCUUAUCAUUCACUCAUAUUAUGCAUGUGUUAAGGUCAUCAAUAAGAGUUGGCACAUAUACACUGAUAUAAAUAUUAUGGAUCCUUUUUUUUAAUCUUUCUAACCAAUUUAUAAUUAAGGAUUGUACAUAUUUUGUUUUGCCCAUGUACUUCUUCGAUGUUAGUAUUAUCCCCGAUGAAUUCUCAUCUUAAUUUAAACACUGUUGUUACUGACGGUGAUAAUAGCAGUCUUGAUGAAGACAAUGAAGACGAAGAGGCAGAGGAAGAAGUCAAUAAAUAUCAUUUUCGUAAACUUAAUGCUGACAAUAUAAACAAUGAUUAUGUGUACAAUAUGAAUUGUGAGCCUUCUGUUCCACAUCAUACUCGUCAGAGGCAUCACCAAAUCUUAACCAAACGACCAAGAUUAUCGACAAUAACUUCUGAACAAGAAAGUUUUCAUAAUCAAAUAAACACUACAAAUAAUAAUAAUACAAAUCAACAUCACAUGAAUUGUUCUCAACUACAUCAAAGGGAUUUAAUAAUCACAUCAACUAGUAUGUCAGUUGGAUAUACCACCAAUGCUGUUAUUACUAAUAGUAAUGAAAAUAAUAAUGGAGAUAAUCCUUAUACAACAUUUCGUUCAUUGUUAUUACAAUCUGACUAUAACACUAAUGAUAAUAGUUCACCAGAGAAAGAAAAUCGAACGUCAAUUUUGACAUUGAAAAGUAGAUUGAAUCAUUAUGUCAGUGAUGAUGAUGAUGAUGUUGAUGAUGAUGUUCCUGAUAAUGAACAUGUUGAGAAUAUGUCUACAUCUGAAUCGAAUUUGAUUCUUCAUGAGGCUCAUAAUAUCGAUCGUUUCCCAUCAUUAUUAAAACAUAAUUCUCAUAUAGAUUAUCAUCAAGUUUUAAAUGAUGAAAGUGUUAGUAAUAGAAAUGAUGAACUACAUGAAUAUAAAGUGCCUCAGCCAUCAUCAAUGGCUUCUACAGAUCAAACGAAUUUCAUGACUGUAAACAACACAAAUGGAUCUUAUGCUAAUUAUUAUCCUCCUCCUCAUUAUCAACAUCAUCAAACGACGAAUUCACAAUCAGAUUUUAGUCAUUUAUUUCAUUCAAAUAUGACAUAUCCUUCUUUACUAAUUACACCAUCGUUUUCCAAUCCAGCAUCUCCUAUUUUCCCUCCACCACCACCACCAGUUAUUACAAAUUCUGGGAAUAUUUUUGUGUCUUCCAGUCAUACAAUAAAUCCUACUGCUUCUAGUGUUUAUCCUGUUGCUGCUGCCGCUGCCGCCGUAGCUGCUGCUUCUUUUCAAUCCCUUUCAUCAUCUGUUUAUGAUCAAUUUUACUCGGCAAUAUCAUCAAAUAAUCUAACAACUGUUAAUAAUAAUAGUGGUACAAAUAUGCAUCAACAUCUUACUCAUAAUUAUAACUCUCAUUGUACUUCACAGCAGGCAGAGGAUUCAGCUCAAAAUGAAUCGAUUUCUUCAUCUUAUAGAAAUCCGGACUUAACUGGUUAUUCUGAUAUUACACGAACAACAUAUCCUUUAAUGUCUACCCAUUUACUUCAUCAGCAGCGUCAGACUUCUUUAUUUCCUACUUCAUCUUAUGGUUCUGAUAAUAAAUUGAAAAAUCAGUCUAUUCCUGACAGUUUAUUACAUGAUCGACAAUUGUCUAAGAUAAUCGACAAAGAAGAACAAAUACUUCAGCAACAAGAUCGGGCUAACAAUUCAGACCAUAUUGAUUUUUUCAAUACACGAGUUCAACCUUCAGAAAAUUCAGUGAAUCAUUUAUCUUUAGAUAAUCAAUUUGCUCCAAGAUCAUCAUUAUCGUCGGAAUCAUCAUCAUCAUCAUGUUCAGAGACUUAUAUGAAUUCUUCUUUACAACAAAUAGACAGAAAUUCUAAUGAACACAAUAAUAGUAAACAAUUAACUAAUGAUUUUACACAAUUUAAUAAAACAUUCCAGUUGAAUACAUGUGAAUCGGGCAAUACUAAUACUAAUCAUAAUAAUCCACUUAUUUUAACAUCAUUAAAAGAAUUUCAACUUGAUCAAAACAGAUUAUUCAAUCUUUCCAAUCAUUUACUAAUAAACAAUAAUAAUGGUCAAUCUACCAUCAAAAACACUCUUAACAAUGGUACUAUCAAUACUACUACUACCACUACUACUACUAGUACUACUAAUAAUACAAAUAGUAAUAAAUUAUAUAGAGAAUCACUAAAUUCUUUGAAUUUGCCAAUAUUUGAUGAAAAUUAUGAUCAAAUCAACAGGAGUAGAAUAGAUCAAGGUGAAAAUACAAACAAUAUUCAAUUAGAUAUUUUACAGUCAACAUCAUUACUACUUAAAACUGAAGAGAAUUUAAUGAAUUUCCCAUCAAGCUCUUCAUCAUCAACAUUGUUAUCUAAUCGAUCGAAAGAAGCUGAUAGUUCAAAUAUAGCCACCAUGAGUAGUGGUGAAAGUGGUGGCGGUAUUAUCGCUGUUCCUACAAAUACCGGUUGUUGUGAAUCAUUAAGUAUAUUGACAAGAGAUAUGAUGAGAGCCUAUCUCGUUGAUCGACGGGAUCAAAUUCUAAUCAUACUUCAUGCAAAAGUUGCUCAAAAAUCAUAUGGAACAGAAAAACGUUUUUUCUGCCCUCCACCUUGUGUAUAUCUUCGUGGUGAAGGGUGGGGAUUACAGUAUGGUCAAACAUCACAUGAUGAAUCAAAAUUGAGCUCUAGUCAUGAACAUGUUGAUCAAACGGAUUUAGUGAGUUAUUCCACAAAUAAUGUUCGAACAUAUUCUCUACAAAAUAAUAAUAUAUCGUAUUCAACAGCUACCCCUACUCCAGGACCUUCACAUUUAUCGUCUUCAUUUACAGGAGAACAAUCUCAAAUACUUGCUUUUAUGGGUAUUGGUGGAUCAACUACUCCAGUUGAAAUGAUUCAAUUAAAUUUAGAUGAUGGAAGAGAUUAUUCAAAUGCUAAAACAUUAUUUAUUUCAGAUUCAGAUAAACGAAAAUAUUUUAUGUUAACAUUAAAAAUGUUUUAUAAAAAUGGUAAAGAUUUAGGUCAAUUUCAUUCAAGACGUAUUAAAGUUAUUUCAAAACCAAGUAAAAAGAAACAAUCUUUAAAAAAUACUGAUUUAUGUAUUGCAUCUGGUACAAAAAUAGCCUUAUUCAAUAGAUUACGUUCACAAACCGUUAGUACACGGUAUUUACAUGUUGAAGAUGCUAGUUUCCAUGCAAGUUCAAGUCGUUGGGGCUCAUUUACAAUCAAUCUGUUAGCUGAUGAUCAAGAUGAAGCUGAACAGUUCACUGUACAAGACGGUUAUAUACAUUACGGUCAUACAGUGAAAUUAGUUUGUUCAGAAACUGGUAUGGCACUUCCUCGUUUGAUUGUACGAAAAGUAGACAAAACAACUGUUCUAUUGGAUGCUGACGAUCCAGUUAGUCAACUUCAUAAAUGUGCAUUUCAUUUAAAAGAUACAGAUAGAAUGUAUUUAUGUCUUUCACAAGAUAAAAUUGUCCAAUUGCCAUCUACACCAUGUGAUGAAAAUCCUUUGCGUGAGAAAAUAAAUGAUGCCGCAGCAUGGACUAUUAUUAGUACAGAUAGAGCGGAAUAUCGUUGGUUUGAACCUAGCCAUUUACCAAGUACAUACAGAACAAAAGAUGGCCAAAUUAAAUCAAUCACACCUCCUACAUCAUGUCUGACACCAGUUACACCUGUACCAAUUGUACGAGAUAUGCGAGUGAAUGGUGGUGGAGAUGUUGCAAUGCUUGAAAUAAUUGGUGAAAAUUUCAGCCCUAGGCAUCAAGUAUGGUUUGGUGAUGUUCCAGCUCAAACAUUUUAUCGUUGUGAAGAACUGAUAUUAUGUUUUGUUCCAGAUAUAUCAGAAUUUCACAGAGAUUGGACAUAUAUUCAAAAAACUUUAGAGGUGCCAAUUAGUUUAGUCCGACAAGAUGGUAUUAUCUAUGCGAGUGGCUUAACAUUUACUUAUCAUCCAGAAUCUGGACCAAGACAACAUUGUCAACCAGCACUUGAAAUUAUACGUGCAGCAAGUAUAGCCGCUGUUGCGGCGGCAGCAGCAGCUGCGUCUGCUGUUACUUCAUCGAAUUCUUUGUCAACAUCAGAAGAAUUAUUACUAGAACCUUCAUGUUCUUCCAGAUCAGGUAUCGUAGUAUCAUCUGCAACAAUUGAAUGUAAUAAUGUUGUACAACAACAAAAAUCAUCUGAAUUCAAUUUAUCUCAACAUCAUAAAGAUUCAAUGUGCCUUGAUAAUAAUUCAUUUCUUGCCUCAGUAUCAACAUCAUCAUGUCAAAUGAUAAAUAGACUAACUAAUUGUAAUAAUAGUAAUAAUACUACUAGUGGUUAUUAUGAAGAUGAAGCUUUCAAUCAACAACAUAACUAUCCUCAUCUUCAUCAUCAGGAGCAUCAAUUACAACAGUCACAUCAACAGCAUCAUUAUGCUGUUGACACUCAGGAACAUCAUCAUCGGAGGAAUAAUAAUAAUUCAAACUCUUUAACUACAACAGAUCGUCUAUUUUAUAUUCCAGUGAAUACAAGUUGAAUCUCUUAUUAAAUAAAGGAAUUUUUCAGUUGCUUUUUUUUUCUUUUGUUUAUCAGUUUGUUAAACAGAUAUCCACGAUAUUCUUUUCAUUUACAUACACUAAACUAAUAAAAAUGAUUUAAAUUUUAAGUCUUUCUUUAUAUUCACUUUCUUUGUUUUAAUUAGUGGUUGAAUCCAUUAAAUAAACAAAAUAAGACUGUAGACUAACGUUUAUUUACAUCUUUAUCCGAUUUCACUCAUUCUUGAAUUUAUUUAUUUUAUUUUAUAGAACUUUAAAGACGUCAACAAAAUUUUAGUAUCAUAAUUGAUUUCAGUAACUUUAUAUGCGCGUAUCCAUGACUUUUUGCUUAUAUAUAUCAUCCUUUCUUUCCGCAUCCCCAUUUUUUGAUAGAUUGUCUCAUUUUUUUUGUUUAUUAUAGACAAAAUUUGUUGGAAACUAAACAAAAUAACCGUUUUACUCAUCCUUUUGUUUUUGUUUUCUCUUUUUUCAAGUGAUUUCACAUGAUCCCUUCUUUGUAAGUAAUUACAUUCAAUUUUCUUUUUUUCUAUUAGAAAUAAAGUUUAUGUACAGUUAAGAAAAAAGUAGUUUUUUGAGACAAAGCCGCAGGGAAUUCGUUUUAUUUUUGCUUAAAACUAAAGAUUUGUUAAGCAAAACUUAGAAAAGCUGUAAGUGUUUCACAUAAUCUUUAUAGGCUCUAUCAACAUAAUAAAACCAUAGAACAGAUGGGAUGUGGUUAGCAGUGGAUGAAAUGGGCGUCCGAAUACGAUCUAUUGUUUAUCAUUCUGUCCCAUAAUGGCUAAUAUAGAGGCAGUCAGCACAGGAUGCCCAUAUGUUAAUCAUGAUUAAUCAAAUUUCAGUCAAAAUUAUUAACGACAGCAUAAUCUAAACGGUUUCAAAUUGAAAUGAUAAAAAGUAUUUUACUAGUAUAGGGGUUGUGGAGAUUAUUAAGUUUUUGAUUGAGAUCAUGAACCGAUUGGUGUUAGACCACCUUUGGAAACCUGGAAGCACUGGACGGCCGUUUCGUCCUAUUGUGGGACUCCUCAGCAGUGCGCAUCCACGAUCCCAAUCGCGGGACUCGAACCCAGGGCCUUCGGUCUCGCGCGCGAACGCUCAACCUCUUGGGCCACUGAGCCGGCAUCCAAGAUUGAUAGUGUCUAACAUCAACCAAUCCACGAAGUUGCGCGACCAUCUUCCAUUGUACUGAGGUAGAUACCUGUCUCUACCCGACAUGGAUUAUCUCCACUGGUCACGGCUUCUCACUAGAACUCCGAGAAUUCCCUCACGAAGCUAGUCACUAGUGAGCACAUGUUAAUUACUAGUAUAGAGGUUGUGGAUGCGCACUGCCGAGGAGUCCCACAAUAGGACGAAACGGCCGUUCAAUGCUUCCAGGUUCCCAAAGGUGGUCUAACAUCAAUCGGUUCAUGAUCUCAAUCAAAAAGUAUUUUGUCACAUAGUAUUUUUAUACUACUAAAUAUUUACAAACAGCACGACAAUGUUGAUUGUAAAUAUAGUUCACAAUAGGCCCUAAGCGGCAUAAAGCUUAAUUAGUAAGUAGUACGACAUUCCGGAUCGAAACAACUUUUAUAGUCAGCUGUAAGUAAUAUUAGGUUGGUAGCUCGUCACUUGAAUAAAAUUCAAAAACGUCUUAGCUACUAUAAUUAUGUAGUGCUUAGACAAAUGCUACAGUUAUUGUUAGAACUUGGUCUUAAAUCCGAUGUGAUAAUUAUAGGGAGGUUGGGUUGACGCCGAAUUCACAAAUUAAGAGCUAACUUAACGUUUUUCAACAAGUGACGCUAAUACUGUACAGCAUAUGUCAAACUAAAUAGUAUGUUGAUAUUAUACUAAAUCAGUCAAUCAGUAACAACGUGGGACUUUGUACUUACGUACAUCAAUGCGAGUUGCCAUACCACAUUAACACAGAGAUGCAGUUAUCGAUUCAAAUCCCGUAGUGGUAGAGGUAGUAAGAGUAUAAGCAGUAAUCGGAAACAUUAGGGUUUGAAGAUAUUAUUCAACGAGCAUAAUCCAUGACAUGAAGAAUGCAGAAGAUUAAAAUUUGAGAGAACACAAAGAGUGGAUGCACCUGCUCCAUUGCAAACGAUUUCGAGCCAUGUGAUUCAAGGUCUCUAACCAUCGGUUGCUAUCGUCUCGACGUCCCAACCACGUAGUCUACACCUACCAACAUGGCUCAGUCCACUUGUCAGUGACUUCAUGGAUUUGUGCCAUGUUUUGAUCUGACCGCCCCUAGCUUUCUUCUAACCUACUCCUACACCAGAAAACGUCGCACAUCGGUGGUUGGGCAUACGUAACACGUGUACCAGCCAUCUCAACUGAUGAAGUUUCACUACUUCAUCAAUUGAUUUGCCAUCCUUACCUAGUACCCGUUUCCUAACAACUGCAUUACUUACUCGAUGGUCCCAGGAUAUACGAGCAAUAUUUCGAAGACACCUAUGAUCAAAUACUAGUAACCUACGAAUAUCCUCUACUCUUACCGGCCAUGUUUCACUGCCAUAAAGUAGGACGGAACGAACUGCUGCGCAGUAAACACGUCCUUUGGUUGAUAGACAGAUAUCUCGCCUACGCCAUAAAUGACGCAAGUUGGCAAAAGCUAGUCGAGCCUUCUGUAUCCGUGCUGAGAUUUCGUCACACACCAGACCACAAGGGUUGAUGAGACUUCCAAGAUAAGUGAAGCGGUAGAUACUCUCAACUGCUUCACUCACUAUUAUUAGUUCGGGUGUUGAUGCGACCCAAUCCUGAAGCAACAUUUUGCAUGAAUGAAUGAGGUUUCUCUUUCUACUUAACGGAACCCAGCUAUAGAAGUUGGUUAGCUGGCCAUUCCACGUUUGUUCUCUAAAGACGUAUCUUUUCAAAGAACCAUUACUCCUUCUCAUCAGACGUACAUCGAGAAAAGGGAUUGAUUGGUCUCGCUCCCUUUCUAACGUGAAGUCUAUGGAAGGGUGGCAUGAGUUAAAAGUGUGUAAGAUAUCCUCUAAAUCAAUAGUAUCGUCACAAGCGAAAAAUGUUUCUUCACGUCAUCGAAUACAUCGGAUAUGAAGUACAGAAUGCAUUAACGGAGAACUCGUAUUCCUCAAGAAAACCUUAACGAAAAAUAGCUACCCAGCCCGUUCCAUAGAGAAUAAUAUGAAUAGUAGUUGCGACAGGAAACCUAAUUGUCCCGUCCCAAAGAAAAACCUUUAUAUAAGUCUGGAAUCUAAAGGUGAUCGAACAUCAGACGUAAUCAAAAAUCGUCUAACAACAGCGAUUAAAAGAACAUUUAAUGCGGCUAAACUGCGAAUAACCUUCACUAGUAAGAACUUAUUUUCUGUAUCCAUAAAAGAUAAGCUUCCGCGUAUGGUCGCCUCCAUGUGUAUCAACCAGUUCACCUGCUCUUGUGGAGCAAGGUACAUUGACCGUAGCCAGCGCUCGCUUUCAACUCGGAUACGGGAACACAUCCUAGUUAGGUUCUAUAAGGGUGAAAGGAAAGCAGUUAGGAGUUCUAUACUUGAACACCUAAUCGACUGUAAUCAUUCUACGGAUCCACAGUUUGAUCUUAAGAUUGUUUAUAUGAUUCGUUCAAAUCUGCCUAGAUUUCUUCCUAUUCAAUUCUUAAAAAAAAUAGUCGAAGCUCUUGCCAUCCAUGAGCUUAAACCAGAACUGUGCCUACAAAAGAAGUACGUCUUAUCGUUACCUUGGCCUUAAUUAUUAUUAUUACUGCAUUCCGCCUUACUUAUGUCUUAUAUUCUCAUUAUUUUAUUCAUAAAUACUCAUCAUAUCACCUUAUUUAUUUAUUUUUACACCUCUAUGACCUUUAAUUAUUGUAACAAAAACAUUUUAAUCAUCUUAUUAUAUUCACUAAGUCUAUUGUUAUUUUUCGUACUACGUAAUCUUGGUUGUUCGUGUUUACAUUUCCUCACGGAAUUAGUACUUUAACAAAGAAAUUUUCAUAUAUAUACGAUUGUACAGCUUGAUAAUGAAUUCGUUGGAAAGAGAUCCCUUCGCUCAACUUCGUUUUUUUUCAUUUUUAAUGGGAAUUAUUUUCAAUAAUUUUAUGGAUGAUUUUUUUCAGUUAAUCUAUUUUAUGCCAUACAGAGGACAAAAUAUCAAAUAUGAUUUUUGCAUUGAAAAAGAAAUUUGUAAAUAAUGCCCUUUUUUUAGUGGUAAAAUUGAUUGUUAAAUAUUUAAAACAAAAUCACAAUAAACUCUUAUUCUAUGCAUCGUUUAUAUAAUUCAAUCUGUAAAAUGUAAUUGACAAUCAUUAUGUGAUUUUUAUAUUGUAUGGUGAAUAAGUGACAUAAUGAGUUUAUAUUUCUUAACACUGAUAACUUUGAUGAUGAUGAUGAUGAUAAAAAAGAUUUAGC